UUAAAGACAAUAACGAAGGAAUUGGUUUCAAAGAAAAAAGACCAAGAAAUCUUGUACUUGAAAACGUGGACGCUGCCAAAAAUUCACAAACGAUGCAACGCGGACUUUCUAUUAUUGAUGCUGAAGGUGAUGAAGCAGAAGAAGAAGACGAUUAUUCUGUCUCUGCUUGUGCAAUUAUCCAAAGACGUAAUUCUUCGCGAAAAGGCAGAAGAAGACAUAACAGACGACCCUCUUCACCAUUUAGUCCCGAUAAUUUCGAUGGAGGCGUUCGACGACGAUCUUCAGCAUUUACUACUAGUUCUGGCGAUACGGCCAUCUCAGUGGAAGAUGGAGGAAGUGAAGAGAUGAUUUUUGAACAACUGAAGCUUCACAAGGAAGUCUUAAGUGGAGUUAAAACACAACCUUGGCCUCUCAGAAGGAAAUUAAAACUUGUUAGACAAGCUAAAGCUUAUGUGAGAAAACAUGAGGGUGCGCUUCAAGAAAGACUCGCCCAAAGUCAUAAUACUAGGGAUGUAUUAGCGAGGGUAUCCAUUCUUCUAAAUAAGAAAUGGCAGUAUUUCAAACGAGAAAUAGCAAAUCUUCAAACUAGCCUUGUACCAUGGGAACAUCGAAUAAAAGCAAUAGAAUCUCAUUUCGGAUCGGCCGUUGCUUCAUAUUUUACUUUUCUUCGUUGGUUAUUUUGGAUCAACUUAGUUAAUUCUGUAACUCUUACUGCUUUCGUUGCCAUUCCAGAAUUAUUAACAGCAGAUAAAAAAGAAGCUGGUGAAAGGAAAAUUAUGCUUCCUGACGAAGAAGCUAAAGCAACACAUUUCUUAACCUUGUGGGAAUUCGAGGGUGUUUUCAAAUAUUCUCCUUUUUUUUAUGGCUGGUAUACAAAUAAACCUACCAAUAGAGUUUAUCAACUCCCAUUGGCUUAUUUCAUUACUAAUCUAGUUGUCUAUACCUACAGCUUCGUUGCUAUUUUACGAAAAAUGGCGAAAAAUUCCCGAAUGAGCAAACUAUCUGAAAAAGAAGAUGAAUGCGCAUUUUCAUGGAAGCUUUUCACCAGCUGGGACUUUAUGAUCGGAAACACGGAAACUUCACAUAAUCGAACAGCUAGUAUUGUCCUAGGAUUCAAGGAAGCUUUGCUCGAGGAAGCUGAGAAAGUCAAAGUCCAACGAAAUUGGAAAAUAAUAACAUGUCGAAUUUUAGUAAACACUGCAGUCCUUAUUUUAUUGACUCUUUCUGCCUACGCGGUUGUGGAAGUCGUUGCUCGAAGCACAGAAUCUGAAGCAAAUAGUACCUGGUGGAGACAAAAUGAGACUACAGUAGUCAUGACACUUAUAAACGCAAUUUUUCCGAUUUUCUUCGAAAUUCUUGGCAUUCUUGAAAACUAUCAUCCCAGAAAGCAAUUGCGUCUACAACUUGCUCGAAUCAUGGUACUCAAUCUUCUAAAUCAAUACUCGUUGAUUUUUGCCCAGUUCAGAAAAAUUAACGAUAUGAAAGAUGAUCUUAAGAGUCUCGAACCAAACAAAACGAUACCAAAAACUUGCAAAUACGAACGAAUGCCAUGUGAUAACGGUAUGAUUUCAAAUAUAAUAAUAGCUGUUACUUCAAUGAGUCUUGUUACCAGUCCUUUACAAUUUGGUUCUCAAACCAAAACGCCAACCUGGACAACGAAUUUUUCAGGAGAAAAUGAAGGUUUUCUUUCUACACCGAAAACAAGUUUCGAUUUUUUAAAGUUCGAGGAUCUACCUCCUCUUUCAUCGACGAGUUACAUAAAUGAAUAUGAAAACGAAAGUUCAUUAUUAUCUACUUCAUUUUUUUAUCCUAAAUAUGAGAAUGACUCUAGUCGUUUUGACUAUAAUAAAGAUAUUGGCAAUCCCAAUGAGGAUUACAAUUAUUUAGGUGAUAUAGAUAUUACCAAUGAGACUGGAAAAUUACCUUUUAAUGAAAGCUUCAGUUUUACAACAGAUUUGCCCUUAUUUGAGAUUGAAAAUGUGACUCUUGAAGUUACGGAGUCAAGUUCAGAAGAGACAGAUUUGAUUACAACGUUGGAAAGUGAGAAUUAUAACCCUUCUGAGAUACAUGAGAAAAAUUCAUUUCCUAAUACUACUCUUUUAACCACGGAUGUUGCAAGAAAUAUUUCGUAUUCACACCAAACAGUUGAAGCGGAUUCAAGAUCAUUUAUUACUGAAAAACCUGACAGAAAUCCGGAGUUCCAUAAUAUAUGUUAUAAAUAUUUUUGUCAAAAUGACACUACAAAUGACACCACAGAUGAGACAGCGAUUUAUACAAUUUCACUAAGCUUGGAUACUCGUAGAAGACUUAGACAACUGUGUUGGGAAACUAUGUUCGGCCAAGAACUUGCAAAGCUGACAGUCAUGGAUUUGGUAAUGACAAUAUUGUCCACCCUGGGAAUGGAUUUCUUUCGAGCAGUUUUUGUACGUUUCAUGAACAAUUGUUGGUGCUGGGACCUGGAAAAACAGUUUCCACAAUACGGAGAUUUCAAAAUUGCUGAGAAUAUUUUAUACUUGGUGAACAAUCAAGGGUUGGUCUGGAUGGGGAUGUUUUUCAGCCCCGGAUUAAUUACCCUAAAUGUUAUAAAGCUUGGCAUUCUUAUGUACCUUCGUUCUUGGGCCGUUCUUUCUUGCAAUGUGCCUCAUGAAAUCGUGUUUCGAGCAUCUAGGUCAAAUAAUUUUUACCUAGCUUUAUUGUUGACGAUGCUGUUCUUGUGUGUCUUGCCGGUAGGAUAUGCUAUAGUUUGGGUAGAACCAUCCUGGCAUUGUGGUCCAUUUUCUGGAUACCAAAGAAUAUAUUAUUUGGCAACAAGAAGUCUUAAGGAAGCCGUACCAAAAACAAUUCACAAAACUCUGGAUUAUAUUGCUUCGCCUGGUAUAGUAAUUCCAUUAAUCGUCUUGAUGGCAUUGAUUAUUUAUUACAUGGUUUCUCUUACUGGAUCGCUCAGAGAGGCUAAUAACGAUUUAAAGAUACAAUUGAGGCAAGAGCGCACGGAAGAAAGAAGAAAGAUGUUUAAAAUUGCAGAGAAAAGACAAGAAGUUAAAGAUGCACCAUUUUCGCGAUGGAAGAAAAUUUUACCAACUUCCGUGCCUCCAAGUAAUGUAACAGAAGCGGCGAUUGCGAAAGACGAAAUUGAAGUUCCGGAAACACAACAAAGUGAACUUGUUAAUGUACAACGAAUACGAGGAAUGUCAGUAACUUCAGAUGCGGGUGAAGGGACAGAAGGCGAACAGGAAUCAUUACCUCACGAUCAACAUUUGAUUGAAAACCAAAGUCGAAAUGAAUCUACCCGCAAACUUUGGCAGAAAAUUAUUUGCACGCAAAGUGUGCUCAACAAAUUAGGUGAAUCAGUGGCUACAGAUGAUUGUGCCAUUCCAGAAAUUCGAAUAAGCGUUGCUGGAGGACCUGAGGAAUCUGGAGAACCUAGAGAACCUAAAGAACCUAGAGAACCUAGAGAACCUGGAGAACCUGGAGAACUAACUGUUGAAUAUCAAUAUCGUUCACAAUCGCCUCCUGAAGCUUCAAUUAUUGUUGAUGCUGAUUUACCAAAGAUAAAGCCAUAGAAAUCAUAAGAUUUUAUAUGUAAUGAUGA